AUGCCUCAUGGGCAGCCGCCCAUGGGUCCAUCUCGGCGCCAACAUGACUUCCCAUACAAUCCAGGCCCUCCCAAUAUGCGCUCGCCCUACAUGGGAUACCCUCCGCACAUGAAUAAUGGCAUGAACGGCAUGAACGGCAUGAACGGAAUGAAUGGAAUGAAUGGCAUGAACGGUCAUAUGCCUCCUGCGUAUGUACCACAGCAAUUUUCUCCCUGGUACCCCCCUCCAUACGGCCACAUGCAAUUCCCCCCUCGUCAAUUUCAACCCCUCCACCCACCUCAACAACUCCAACCGCCCUAUGGACCCAUGAUUGUUUCCUCUUACCCCCACGUACAGCCUAUAAUGGCUCCGAAUCAUAUGCUUCCUGCGGUCCCCUUACAGCAACCUCGAGCUUCAACUCCGCUAUUGUCGAGUAUCCCUCCGCCAAUCUCGACACCUUCUAUACAGCAUACAAUGCCCGAUCACCCAAGAUUACAACAUCAGCCACAACACUACCAUCAUAUUCCCUCACCGCAACCAACGAAAUGGAUCAUUGUGCCCGCCAAAGAAUCAACCCCGGAAAAGCCUGUAUAUGGUCCCAGGUUGCCAUGGCUUUCCGUUCGAGAAUCUCCAUUUCCCGCCAGGGCUCCCCACAAACGCAUCAGAAUCCCAAUGAUCGCAUCUGUUGAGUUUCCGAUGAAGGAUGGGAAAUGGAUAAUCGGGCCCAAGAAACAUGAAUCUGAGCUCGAUUAUACCAAGCCUGAAGAGCCAACUGCCCCGGCUUCCUCUGCAUCUCAAACCCCAACCACUUCCGUCCCUUGUUCGGAUGCCAAUACUCCUUCGACCAUUGCUAAGUCUCACGCUCAGCAAGGUACGAAGCCUGUCUCUCCGGUUAUCCCCGCAGUGCCAAAUCUCCCCAGUACUCCUAGCCGCCAGGUGAAAGAUACUACCAGCGUCUCAUCUGAUACUCCAAAGUCUACGGCCCCUCUUGUCACAGAUAUCCAGCAUGAGACAAUAUCAACCGCUGAGACUUCAACCAAACCAGUCGCAAACAAGACAUGGGCAGAACUUCUCCGUUCAAAGACCGCCAGUGCCCCUGUUUCAACCGAGUCAACUGCAGUGCCUAUAAAAAAGAGCGAGUCUCUUGCGGAUGUUUUGAGCACUCUUGGUGAGGAUGUCUCCCAAUACAGCGACAAGAUUGCAUUCCUUGAACCACGAGGCUUGGUAAACACUGGAAAUAUGUGUUAUAUGAACUCCGUCUUGCAAAUUCUGGUUUCAUGCGUCCCAUUCCACCAGUUCCUUGAUCACGUUGGUCGACGUGCUGCACACAGCUUCCAGAGUGAUGUCCCAUUGAUUGAUGCUAUGAUCAUGUUCAUGCGGGAGUUCCGCAUCAUUGACGCCGCGACUUCCGAAGAUCAACUGAGAAUGCGACUUAAGCCUACCGAGCUUGAACAAUACGGUGAAGCUUUUGUUCCAGAGUUUGUUUAUGAAAUGAUUCGUCAGCUACCUCGCUUCAGGGACAUGCGCCGGGGUCAUCAACAGGAUGCGCAGGAGUUCCUUGGCUUCCUUCUUGAAGAGCUCCAUGAGGAGUGUGACCGCGCUGCAAAGCAUUUCUCCAAGGCCCAAGAAGCGCUAAGUUCUGGUGAUAUCGCCGGAUCAUCUGGCGAUGGUUGGCUCGAAGUUGGCCAUAAGCAAAAGGCUGCCGUGACACAAUCAUCCGGUGAUAUGGCUACUGAGUCACCAAUCACUCGCAUUUUUGGGGGAAAGUUGCGAUCUGAGUUCAAGGUACCUGGCAAUAAAACCUCCGUUACUAUGGAACCAUACCAGCCAUUGCAGCUCGAUAUUGGCGCACCCGAUGUUCAUAACAUUAUCGAUGCUCUAAGGGGGCUCACUAAACCUGAGAGCAUCCAAGGCGAUUUCAACUCAUCGCGCGGCCCGAAUGUGACUGCCACUAAGCAGAUGUUCAUUGAAACUCUUCCUCCUGUCCUUAUUCUACACUUGAAACGUUUCCAUUACGACAAUGUAACUGGAGCCACUCAGAAAAUUUGGAAGAAGGUUGGUUACCCUCUUGAUUUGGAGAUUCCUCGGGAAGUUUUCCCGGCUCAUCGACGCAAUGUCAUGACGGCACAAGGUGGUUAUCCCAAGUACCGUCUCAUGGGAGUUAUCUACCAUCAUGGAAAAAAUGCCGGCGGUGGACAUUAUACCGUGGAUGUCAGAAGGCAGGAUGGCCGCGAGUGGAUUCGCUUGGAUGAUACUGCCCUACGUCGCGUUCGCAGUGAAGAUGUGGCGGAAGCUGGUGGCGAAGAAGAUCCUAAGGUACUUGCGGCAGCUCUAGAGCAGCAUAAGCAAGAUAAAAACCCUCGCUCCAACAUCUUUGAUCACAUUGACCAGGAGAAAAUGGAGUCCGCAGACAGCGAGAAGGGGUGGAGUCAAGUGAACAACAGUAGCUCCAGCGGACACUUCGGCAAGAAGUCUGCCAAUGGGGUCUCCCCCUUAUCUGUGCCCUCAUCAGGAAUUCGCACUCCACUUGCAAGAUAUGGCGUCAAUGAUAACCGCGUUGCCUAUCUUCUAUUCUACCAGCGAAUGGCUUGA